CUCACCACUACUCAUCGCAUCUCCUUUGUGCUAGCAAGUACAAAACCACCUACCUCGUCCUUCACCUCCUCCUCAUCUCCCUCCCCAAUCUCCUCCCCCCCAAAUCGCCCUUUCUUGUGGCUUCGUCUGCUUUUCCCAAGCACACAUUCAUUUCAGUCCCCUCCCGACCAACCUACUCCCCCAGGUAGUUAAUCACCAUGUCGAACAUCAUCGCCACCAAGCGCGUCGACCUCCUCGCGCCUUACAUGGCCCUCGACCAGGGCUCCAGCGUUCAGGCUGAGUACAUCUGGAUCGACGGUGACGGAGGCCUCCGUUGCAAGACCAUGACCCUCGACGAGGCCCCCAAGUCGGUUGCCGACCUCCGCGAGUGGAACUUUGACGGCUCGUCGACCAACCAGGCCCCCGGCGACAACUCUGAUGUCUACCUCCGCCCCGUUGCCAUCUUCAGGGAUCCUUUCCGUGGCGGUGCCAACAUCCUUGUCCUCUGUGAGACCUACGACAACGACGGCACCCCCAACUCGUCCAACCACCGUGCCCACGCCAAGAAGGUGAUGGACGCCGCCAAGGACGUCGAGCCCUGGUUCGGCCUUGAGCAGGAGUACACCCUCUUCGACGCCGACGGACAGGUCUUUGGCUGGCCCAAGAACGGUUUCCCCGGUCCCCAGGGCCCCUACUACUGCGGUGUCGGCGCCGGCAAGGUCUUUGCCCGUGACUUCAUCGAGGCCCACUACCGCGCCUGUCUCUACGCCGGUGUCAAGAUCUCGGGCAUCAACGCCGAGGUCAUGCCCUCGCAGUGGGAGUUCCAGGUCGGCCCUUGUGAGGGCAUCGAGCUCGGUGACCACCUCUGGAUCGCCCGCUUCCUCCUCCUCCGCAUCGGUGAGGAGUGGGGCAUCCGCCCCUCGUUCCACCCCAAGCCCCUCAAGGGCGACUGGAACGGUGCCGGCUGCCACUCCAACUACUCGACCAAGGCCAUGCGUACCCCCGGCAAGGGCCUUGCCGCCAUCGAGGACGCCAUCAAGAAGCUUGAGAAGCGCCACCUCGAGCACAUUGCCGUCUACGGCGAGGACAACGACCAGCGUCUUACCGGCCGCCACGAGACUGCCUCGCUCAACACCUUCUCGGCUGGUGUCGCCAACCGUGGUGCCUCCAUCCGUAUCCCCCGUCACGUCGGUGCCCAGGGCUACGGUUACCUCGAGGACCGUCGCCCGGCAUCCAACAUCGACCCAUACCGCGUUACGGCGAUCCUGGUGGAGACUACGAUCCUCAACGCCUAAAUUCGCACUGUGUAACAUGGUAUUGUGUAUGUAGGAACACUCUGGUGCGGGGGGGCGCGCGUGGCAUUAGUAGGGAAGUGGGCUCGCUAUCACAAGGCCCCCGUCUUCAUUCCCCUGUGAUGCAAUCGGUCUGCCGAAGAAAUAA